AUGAAAGCAGAGAAGGAUGAUGAAGAACGACAGCAAGAGAUGAUCAAUGCCAGUUCGGGCACAGGAUUUGAAGCGACCUUAUUCACCGGGGUGUCAGUCUUUGACCAGAUAAAAACGAAGAAAGAAGAGCCAGCAAGUGAUGAAGAAAGGCCUACAACAAGCCGACGAGAUCGAAGCAGAGACAGGGAAGAAAGGCGCGAUCGACGAGAUCGCGAUGCGAAGAAGGAGCACAGGAGUCGUAGUCGAAGUCGUGACAAGGAAAGAGAUCGUCGAGAUCGUGACAUGAAGAGAGAGCAUAGAAGUCGUAGCAGAAGCCGUGAGAGGGAGCGAGAUCGACACACGGGAACUUCUGGUGGUAAGCAGCGGCCGUCCUCAUCCUCCAAAAAGGACGAAAAGCCGAAGAAGUCGGCGCUGGAUGAGAUUCGAGAGCAACAGGAACGGUUCAAAGAGAAGAAGAAUAGGAAGGAUUACUGGCUCCAUGAGGGUAUUAUUGUC